UGAAACCGCAGGAAGCGACGCGGACCCGACAACUACUUUUGAUGUUUUGUUUUAAUUCCUGAAACGCCGCUUUCACCGUUGAUUACGAGGCAUCUUAAAGCGCGAUGAUUUUCACAACUUUGGUCAUUGUGUUCUUCCCAGAUUCAGUGUUCACCAUUAAGGGUGGCAGCACGUCGCCUUCCCUGCCUGUCUGCCUGGACUGCGUAAAGGCCAGUGAACAAUGUUUGAAAGACUACACCUGCAGCACUAAGUACCGGAUGAUGAGACAGUGUGUGGCGGGGAGGGAGAGCAACUUCAGCGCGGUCACCGGCCCUGAGGCGCAGGGCGAAUGCCGCAGCGCUAUAGACGCGAUGAAGCAGAGCCCCCUGUACAACUGCAGGUGCAGGAGAGGCAUGAAGAAGGAGAAGAACUGUCUACGGAUCUUUUGGAGCAUAUUUCAGAGUUUGCAGGGCAACGAUUUGUUGGAAUACUCUCCAUAUGAACCAAUCAAUAGCCGCCUCUCGGAUAUCUUCCGCCUGGCUCCCAUCAUAUCGGGUGAGCCUGCGUCCACGAAAGAGAACAACUGUCUCAACGCUGCCAAGGCCUGCAACCUGAAUGACACGUGUAAGAAAUACCGCUCGGCUUACAUCAACCCGUGCACCGGCAGGGUGUCUGCUUCUGAGGUGUGCAACAAACGCAAAUGCCACAAGGCCCUACGGCAGUUCUUUGACAAGGUUCCGCACAAAUACAGCUAUGGAAUGCUGUUUUGUUCCUGUCCAGCGGGAGACCAGACAGCAUGUGCAGAACGAAGACGGCAAACAAUCGUACCCGUCUGCUCCUACGAAGAUAAAGACAAACCGAACUGUUUGUCUCUGCAGAACACCUGCAAGACCAACUACAUCUGCAGGUCAAGGCUAGCAGACUUCAUCAGCAGCUGUCAGCCAGAAGCAAGAUCCAUAUCUGGCUGUCUGAGGGAGAACUACGCCGACUGUCUGCUGUCUUACUCGGGUCUUAUUGGUACGGUGAUGACGCCAAAUUAUGUGCGAUCUCUUGGUAUUAGCCUGUCACCGUGGUGCGACUGUGGCAGUAGCGGAAACAACAGGCCUGAGUGUGAAAGAUUUUCAGAGUUCUUCACCAGUAAUCGAUGCUUACGGAAUGCCAUCCAGGCGUUUGGUAAUGGUACUGAUGUUGGAGUUUGGCAACCGCAGCCCCCAAUUCAGCCAACUGUUGAGCUGAGCAUCACUCGGAGGGUUAAAGAUCACAGUAGUAACGCACUGGACACAAUGACGGCAAUCAGCAAACUGGAUUUUAAUGAUGACACCCUGUACCACAUCUGUGGAACUUUACAGGCCCAAAAACUGGCGUCAAAUCAAACAGUGGAUGCUGCUCUGUGUGCGAAACACCAGCUGGAUGAGUCCGGCGGCUCAAACGCCGUCGGCCGAAGCUCCCCUGCUGAACUCGGCUGCUUAUACCCGUCCAGUCUGCUCCUCGCGCUCGCUUUUGCGCUCACACCGCCUGAAGGUGUCCAGCUCUUCUAGACAUUAAAGGAGCGGUGGAUCAAUACACCUC